AUGUUAGGUAAUUUGUUGAGGAACAAGACCAAUGUAUCUGCUUCUGAGAAGAAUCCAGAUCGUUCCGAAUUCUCAUCGGUCGUGCCCAAUGUUUCUGUGUAUUGUAAAGCAGCCAACACAGGAACUACGAAGACUGCUGUUGGGGCGCUUCUAGACACUGCCGUCAAUGUGGAAAAGCAUUCGGAACUGCUGUCGACCACUUCUCCACCUAUCUUAGACCAUAUCUCGGAUGAUUUAAAACUUAAGCUCUUCGGCUCUAGGGAUGUCCCCUAUAGUCGUCCCAUUGAUUCGCUACAAAAAAACGGCGGGCUUUGUACUGACAAAAUAACCUCAAUCAAUGAGGGUACGCACGCAUUUAGGAUUUUGAUCAUCGAAGAAGCUGGUCAAAUGGCGUGUAGGAACAAUUAUCGUGAUAUCUUCGAUUACACCACCUCAAAAAUCUCAAACUCGAUGGACCAAAUACGGCCUAGUGAAUUGAAGGAGUACAUAUUUGGUUCUCCUGUGAGAGCGUCAGACUUGACUCAAUGUGACAAGAUCAGGACCAUUCCUAACUCGGAUUUGGUGCUGAUAACUAGGAUAUUUUAUUACAUGCACCAAUACAACCGUAUUGCGAUUAGCGUAUGCAUUCCUAAGAUAUUGCUGCCAGUGGUAGCUGAGUCUUGGUCUUGUCUUUCAUCGUGGUUGACCCAAACUCAAAAAAUGCUCACUGUUUUUUUAAAUAAAAAUCGUGCAAUGCAAGAGAAUACUGGUAACAACAGUAACAAUCUAAUUAUAAGGUUAUCGAACAUAGACAUCAAAACAUAUUACCCAAAGGAAAUCGAAAUCAUGGUUCAAACUUUGCAGAAAAGACUUAUUCCUUGUUUGCGCUCUUUGUCUGAAAUCCCAAGACUUUUCUUGUACCCUGAGACAUUCAAAGAAUUCGUUCAUGUUUGGUUCAAGAGCAUAUUUAACUGGAUUGAAAUUAAGGAUGGUCCCAAAUUGGGAUUUCUUCCCCUUUUGAUGGCAAUAAUCAUAUCAGAUUACAGAGAAACGAUGAAAGAAUUGACGACGUCCAAAAUCGUUAUUCUUUCAGGAAAUAUGGUGGUUGCGAACAAGUUAUUGUUUAUCUUAUCUGCCUUAUUAGAGCCAAAAUACAAGGGGAAAGUAACAAUACGGCACGAAGGUCUGGACCCAGAUUCAUCUGCCGCAUCAAAAACUGAAUCUAAUUACAACAUUGGAAGUAAAUCUGAGGCGGAGUUGAGCACGUUAACUUCAACUGACAAUCUUCCGGGCCGCGCAGAUAGCAAUAAUAAUCAUAGUAAUUUUAACACUAACAACAACAACAACAACAACAACAGCAUCGGAUCUCCUAAUUUUCACUCUUUGAGAAAAGGCUGGCAAAUACCGAACCGGAGGAAUUCAAAUACUUCAGUUUCUGUAUCUUCGAGUGAAUCUUUAGCUGAAGUUAUUCAGCCUUCCUCGUUUAAAAGUGGAAGUAGCUCGAUGCAUUAUUUGUCGUCUUCCAUUUCUAGUCAACCUGGAUCGUAUGGGUCCUGGUUCAAUAAGAGACCGACAUUGUCUCAAUUUUUUCAACCAAGUCCUUCUCUAAAACACAACGAAUCUUGGGAAAGAUUGCAAACGACUGCUGGUAAUUUGCACAGGACUUCUAGUUCUUCUUCUCUGCAACAAGCCACCUCUAGGCUAUCAUUAACUACACCACAACAAUCUCCUUCUAUUAGUGAAUAUGAUGAGUAUCCUUGGAUGGGGACCCCAGGCUCUCCUAAUGUUGGAGAAUCAUCGCAUGCUCUCCCAUUUAUCAAGAAUAUAUCAUAUAAGUUUCCACUGAAGAAUGUUGAUCUAAAAAGAGAUUGUCAACGAAUUUCUCAAAACGAUAUAUUGGAUGAAGCUUUUGAAAGAAUAUGCCAACCUUCAUUGAAUGAUUUAGGCUCCAGUUACGAAAUUUUCCCAGGCAAUUCCUCGUAUGCAGAUAUAUUGACUACCGAUAUAGAUAUUGGUGAUGAGCUGAUGAAUAAACCACUGGAACUGUUGCCCAAAUAUACAAUGUAUAUGACCCAUUUUAGCAACUUUUUCCAAUUACAAGCGUGUCCCGCCGGCCAAGAAUCUGAGAGUAGAAUAACUAAUUCCAUGAAAAUUGAUCUAUUGAAAGCAGAUUACACAAGGAGUUUACUGGUUUCAUUACGCUCGAGAGACAUCAGAGAUAUUGCGCUAAAAAGAGAGUUCACCAGUAAUAGUAACCAUAAUAACCCUAAUAUUUAUGAUGAAAACUUCACUGGUAAAAGGAAUUAUGUGCUGAAGCAGAAAACUAAAAAAAUAUUUUCCUGUGGUAAGAUUGGUAGAUUGGGUUCCAGCCUAGAAAAUUGUGUUAAUUUUGUUGAGAGUAGUAUAAAGAGUGCGAUGAUAUUGUAUGAUGAUAACAGAAUAAACGCAGAUCUGCGAGAUUCUGAAGCUCUACGGAUCUUUUCAUCUCUUGUUCAUUACUGUGAUGCAAGUUAG